UCUGAAUUUCGACAAUUUCUUAAUUCGAUCAAUCCAAUACCCACGCGCCCGCAAGCCCACGACGAACGCCUACACCGACAACUUGUCACUUCCGCUUCGCACAUUUCGAAUACCCUCGUUGUGUGUCCUACUGAGGCAUUUCCAGAUUUUUGCCCUGAGACUUUAGGCGAUCUCGAUUACUUCAGACGAUAACCCAUCCAGCAUCAACCUCUUCAAUUCUUUGAUUAAUCACCACAUAAUUUAAUCAUGGAUCACGCACGAGACCCUUGUCCCUGGGUCAUUCUGAAUGACUUUGGAGGCGCUUUUGCUAUGGGUGCGAUCGGUGGAACUAUAUGGCACGGCAUAAAGGGAUUCCGUAAUAGUCCAAUGGGCGAGCGUAGGAUAGGAGCAAUCACAGCCAUCAAGGCAAGGGCACCAGUAUUAGGCGGUAACUUUGGCGUCUGGGGUGGUUUAUUCUCAACAUUCGACUGCGCCGUUAAGGGAGUACGAAAGAAGGAGGAUCCCUACAACGCAAUUAUUGCUGGCUUCUUUACGGGAGGUGCGCUGGCUGUUCGAGGAGGUUAUAAGGCAGCACGAAACGGUGCCAUCGGUUGCGCCGUUCUUUUGGCUGUCAUUGAGGGCGUCGGAAUUGGAUUUCAGAGAAUGCUAGCUGGCUCUACCAAAUUAGAGGUACCGCCACCACCACCGAGCGAUGAGAAAAUGCUAGCUUAGAUCCUGUAAUAACGAACGCGACGAAAUAAAGACACUCCCACUCUACUCCUUUCCGAUAACUAUUUCUAUCGGUUUCAUGUACUUCAUACGGGUUUUAGGCGAUCUUGACAUUUACCUGCAUAGGGGAUCGGGAAAAUAAAUGUAAAAUAGGACGGAUUAUCCUGCUUCGACAGAGUUUGGUUGACUCAUCGUGGUCUUUACCAUGUGUGACUAUUCAGCGGGCAUAAUCAUGACCAAAUACAAUACAAUACUUAAUGUUCACGAGCACGAACAUUUGUGGUUCAAUAUACUACUCGCGAUGAUACC